AUGGAAAUAAUAUUAGAUCCGGCAUUAGUUCCAGUUGUUUUUCAGUUGAAAAACUUUAAAUGCCCGAAGAAUCUGAAACCAGCUAUAACUGGUGAUAUCUAUGAGCUAGGUGAAUGGGAAUUAGAUAGAGCUAUCAUAGCUUCACCAUCAAUUUAUGAUGAUACGGAUUCAGAGACCGAAGAUGAUGGGAAAGAAAAUGAAAGGAAAGAUGGUGAUGUGAAAGAAUAUUACAAGGCAGAAAGUGACUAUAAGGAAAAGGAUGAAAACGAGGAAGAAUAUGAUGAUCAAGUUUGGAUUUGUGAGGUGAAACUUCCGAUGGCUACAGAAUUUGAAUGGAACUGGGCCUUGGUGUCAAGGGACGAAACUAGAGCCAUUUUCUUUGAUGUGGAGCAAACUGUAAGAAGGAAAGAUUGUGUGGGAUAUUACAAGAAAAACUUCCCUUCUAUGUGGGAAAUGGCUAGUGUACAUCCAAAUCAUAUCAAAGUUAAAGAAUGUGAUGUUAAAAUAAGUCUUCUGGAGAAAAAAGUUAACAAAAACCAAAGGGUUUGUCUAUUAGGUUCGGUUCCAGCAAUGGGAUGCUGGAUACCUACACGGUCGAUACUAGCAACUAGGUUAGGCGAAAACUCAAAUCAAUGGGAUGUACAAUUAAAGCUACCUCUCAAGUCACGUCCUGUAUAUUGGAAAUGGGCAGUAAUCAACGUAAAGACACAAAAGAUAGCAGAAUGGGAAAGUCGAAUGGACAGGACAUUACACGUUCGAACUGAUUACCUAGCUCUGAAAUCCUUCUGGAAUGAAAACUGUGAAGCCAGUGUGAUAACCGCCAGGGACUAUCCAAAUGUUAAAGAGAAGAGUCAAAAUGAAACAGGAGGUUCAGGCAAGUUAUUUAAACCAGUUAUAGAUCCUGAUUUAACACAACCUCCAGCUCUAUAUUACGAGAUGAUGCGAGAAAUUUACAAAAUCUACAGAGCUUUACGACCAGAUGGUUCGGUACAAUAUCGAAGAUACAAGAAUAUGGCUUAUGUCGAAAGGUUUCCCACAUUACAAACCCUUGUGGACAUAACCUCGAAUAUUCUACAAUAUAGAGAUGCAAUCGUGUUCCAAGUUACUGAUGGUGGUGGUAAAAGAAAAAAUAUACGGUUUGCAUUCAGGUGUUCUCAAUUUAUCGCUUUGGACUAUCCAGAUCCUGAUGUUUUGACUGAAAUGAGUUUCAGUUAUUUAAUGAGAUACUUGUCAGAUAGUCCACAAUAUUAUAUUGGUCCACCCAUCAUACCAUAUGAAAAUGAGAAAACUAAAAAAGAUAAAAUGACUGCAUGGAUUAAACGAUCAUAUUAUAAUAAGAAAACAAAUGUAAAAAUUGAAUUCGUUCUGAAACCAGAAGCCGACUACCUUUGUGUAGAGCCUCCUGAUAUUUCACCACAUAAAUGUUCUACACAUCCUAAAAACAUGCGGCCAAAAGCUGAUGCUGAUAAUUGGUCGGAAUCCAUUGCACACAGUGAACUUAAAGAGAAGCGGUCAAUUAAGAAAAUUGGUCAUCCAGAAUUUCCACCAAGUAAGGUAACUAAAGGCACGCAGACGCGGUGGACAAAUAGACCUUCUAUAAAUCAGAUCAAUGCUGCUUCUCAGUACAAACAUAAGCACAGCCCAGUAAAGUUUGCAGAAACUACAAAGAUUCUCUUAACGGCAGAAAAGCAAACUGAUACUGAAGGGUUAUAUCAAACUAACAUAGAUACAACAGAAAUGAAAGGUCAAAGCCAAUAUGGUACAGAAAAAUCACAAAUUGAAAGUUUACAACUUUCAAGUACAGAUUCAGCAAAAUUACACAUUCUACAAAAAGCGCACCAAACUGUAUUUGAACAAAAAGCUGCAAUAGAAAAAGGAAAAGGAAAAAGUUUAUGUCAAAAUAUUACAGAAAAACUGGGAAGUUUAUAUCAAACUUGUUCAGGAAAAGUCAGAAAUGAAGAGUUUAAUCAAACUUAUAAUGAAGUUUAUUUAGUAAAUGUAGGUUUAUAUCAAACUGAUGUAGAUACAGGGAAGGGUGAAAGGUUUUAUAAAAGAAAUAUUUCACAGAAACACAAAGAAAAUGAAAAUUACCAUCAAAAUGAUGAUUUACAUGAAACAAAUAUAGAUACAGAAAAACGUGAGAGUUAUGUCCCAAAAAACAAUUCUUUGCUCUUUAACCUUGCAUAUUCGACACUUCGCAAUAUAUUUUCAUAA